AUGCCGUUCAUGGGCGACAGCGAUUGGUCGGCGCCCUCGACGGGCGAGUGGUCGGACUCGCUGUACAUGGCCUUCCCCGCCGCCAAGUCCAAGGCGCGGGAGGCAAAGCCCAAGCCCAAGCCCCAGCCCCAGCGGCCGGCCUACAUGAAGCACAAGAACCACGCUUCAAUGCCGCACCUGGGCCAGGCCCAGCAGUACGUCUUCCGCCCGGCCACGCACGCCGCCAGCGUCGACGCCCAGCGCCACCCUCCCGCGACCAAGCCGGCCUUGAAGCGCUCGCAGAGCCUCACCACUCGCGCCUCUCAGCCCGUGCCCGAGCACCAGCAAAAGGUGGAGAAGCACGUCCACUUUGUCGACGAGGGCUACGGCUCGGCGUCGACGUCGCCGGCCACGAGUCCGAAGCAAGAGCCCAAGAGCGACCACGACAGCCGCCCGUCGACGGCCGACUCGGACUUUGAGCAGCUCGCAUCGUCGCAGCAGCAGCACAAGACCGAGCCGCCGUCAAAACCGCGGCGCAGCAGGACUGACGCUCAAUUGGCGCCGAUCACCGUCACGCCGCAGAGCACAAGUCCCACCCGCGGCGCUAAAGGCGCGGCGGCUCUUUCGCAAGCGAAGGCCCAGCACGUGUCGCGCCAGCGCCUGUCGCGCACCUCAACCGCGCCCGCGUCCGCCGCAAGUCAGGGCCAGGACUCCAAGAUUGCGGGCACGGGCGGGUCGUAUCGCAAUGCCAACGGCAACAUCUGCUUCGACGAGUUCAGCUACUUUGGCGCAAUCUAG